UUUUUCUUAAAAAAUUCAUGCAAAAGCUGCGCCAUUUUGUGACUAGUAUCAACCCAGGUGCAGGAAGUUAAAAGUUAUUUAGGCAGAGAAUUUGAUUUCUUAACAAUGGUAGCUAUUGUUAUCAAAUGAUUCAAAUGUUCUCGCCACAAAUAGUCUCGCUGAUCGAAUCACCGUUAUUUUAUCUUCUUAUCGAUAACGAUCAACGUAUGUAUAUUAUACAUCCUUGUCGCAAUUACAAUUUUGUAAAAUGUUGUGAAUAGUUUGUGUUUUUUCUUUAUUUACUAAAUAAAUGCACUUGGUGCAAAAUUUUUCAUAUCCGGCAGUGUUCACUGCUCAAUUGACUUACAAUUUAAACAAUUGUCGGAGUGUACAACAAGCAUUUGGGGGAUGAAGAAUGAUUUGACAGAUUAUUCUCAGUUGUUAUUCAGUAAAAGAGACCGACCAUCUUUCUCUCAUAGCAACAGCAUCACAAUUGACAGUACCAUUCGCUCACAGGACACACAGUAAAUUCGAUUUAGUAAUUUUGAGUAGUCAAAGCGCGGACAUUCGGUUACAAAGAGAUAAGUGCCAAUAACUGUACGCCAAAAAUAUUUAAAGGGAGUUGAUUUACUUAUAUAGUUAAAGUUUAAAAUAUUACGGAAAAUAUUUCUCAUUGAAGUAUUAAAAAGAAAAAAAGAAAGUAAUAAUUAAAAACAAUUCAACAUUAAAAAUCGAAUACUCUUUAAUCAUACUGUUGGGGUAACUUCGUACACAUAGUGACAUAAUUGGAGAAUUGUUAUAUUCACAUCAAGGACAACAUAAUUCAGCCAUAUCAGCAAUAUUAUAAAUUUAUUGGAUAUAUUCAUACUCGCAAAUAAAACUUAUAAAUCAACAAAUUACAUAUAAUUGCUACGGGUUUUGAAUGCGCUUGGCGCUCAGCGUUUCGACGGUGGCAAGCAAUGUAUUUUCAAUAUUCAAAUAGGAAAUACAAGUAUUCAUUAUAAUCGCAAUGAUAAUGAAGCUAAAAAUAAAACUUCGCCUAAAUGAAGAAUGAAGAAACAAAAUGUUCGCACGAUAUCCUUGAUCGUGUGUACAUUUACAUAUUUACUAGUUGGCGCUGCUGUAUUUGACUCGCUCGAAUCGGAAACGGAAAAGCGGCGCUGGGAAGCACUGCAAGCUGUGGAAGAUAUGAUUAUACGAAAAUACAAUAUUUCACAAGAGGACUUCAAAGUGAUGGAGACAGUUGUACUUAAGUCAGAACCACACAAAGCCGGUCAGCAAUGGAAAUUCACUGGUGCAUUUUACUAUGCAACAACAGUGUUGACGACUAUCGGUUACGGUCAUUCCACGCCAAGCACAAUCGGUGGCAAACUAUUCACAAUGUGCUAUGCCAUUGUGGGGAUACCAUUGGGCCUUGUGAUGUUCCAAAGUAUUGGAGAAAGAGUGAAUAGACUGAGCAGCUAUGUUAUACAAGCAGUGAGGAAGUCACUACGUUGUAAACGAACUGCAGCUUCUGAAGUAGAUUUAAUAUGCGUUGUGACAACGUUGAGCUCUUUAAUGAUAGCUGGUGGUGCUGCGGCUUUUUCACGCUACGAAGGUUGGAGCUAUUUCGAUUCAGUAUAUUACUGCUUUAUUACUUUAACUACAAUAGGUUUUGGAGAUAUGGUAGCUUUACAAAAAGAUAAUGCACUCAACAACAAACCGCAAUAUGUUAUGUUCGCAUUGAUAUUCAUAUUGUUCGGUUUGGCAAUUGUUGCCGCCUCGCUGAAUCUGCUAGUAUUGCGGUUUGUUACAAUGAAUACGGAGGAUGAACGAAGGGAUGAAGCACAAGCUAUGCAGGCUUUACAAGUUGCUGUUAAAUUAGAAGGUGACGUCAUUACAGCAAAUGGCUCCAUUUUAAGUGGAUAUGAAGGUCAUGAAGUUCAGUCAAACAGUAGUGGCUCAACUACAUCCAUGUGUUCAUGUAGCUGUGCACGUUUUAGUGCAAAUCGUCAUAAAACGCAUCAAUACAAAGCUCGCCGUUCACCCUCGCAUAUACGUCAUUUAUUGCCGGAAGUUGUACCAAUGCAGGACUUAAGCUACGAUACACACAGCCUCAAUGCCGACGGGCUCGAUAUCGUGGAUACAUCAUCAGUCUCGCCUUCGAAACCACACAGACAAUUACUCAAACGCAAUGUGUCGCUACUAUCUUUUCGUAUUUAAAAUACAAUUACUAUUAAUGAAAAUAAUUUAAGUAUUAUAGGUAUUAAUUAGUAGGUAUGCUUAAAUACAAUAAUUUUUUAAUCGCCGGUAAUUAAAGCUUUUCACAAUGCUUUGUUGUCUGCUACGUACAGUGGUAUACAUAUUUAAACAUUUAUAAAUAGUUGUUGGGUCGCUACAAUCAAUCUAAUCAAUCUAAGGGUACCUGCACCGUGGACAGUCAAAGCCGAGCCGAAAGCAAAUCUAACGAAAGGGGGAAAUCAGCUUAAAAACCGUGUGUGUGAAUUUUCACGAAAUUGCAUAGUCACCGCAGAGUGCACGUUGACCAAAGACGCAGUCGAAACUGAUCAACUCGAGAAACUAGUUUUGAAAUGUUAUUCGGCGCCGACUUGCGUGUUGCAUAGUUCAUUUGUAUAUCGGUAUGGUAAUCUCACAUUUUGCUUACAAAAAAUUACAAUGAAUGUGGUAGUAAGAUAAUUAGUAUUUUCAAAAGAAAACUUUUGACGAUAAUAGCUUAAUACAUCAGAAUUUAUUAAAUACCUGCAAUUAAUAUUUUAAAGGCCAAAUUUAUUACGAUAAUUCUAUCGCUAUUAAUAUUUUCAAAGACAAAUUUAUGAUGGGAAUCUAUGCAAUAAAUACCCGUUUUAUACGCCCUAUUUUGUUUAGCUUUUUCUCACAAAUCAUCCAUUAAUUAAUUGUAUAUCUUCCCUUAAAUAAAAUGAUAUUUGAACUAAAUUCUGCCUUAAAAUAAACUGUUAUGAACAAGCAACAGAAUAAUAAUAGCAAAUUAUACGUAAAAUUCAGCGCUGAAUAUGGCAUCCACUGUGCGUUAUCUAAAAUUAAUAAGCGCUGAUCGAAAUCAGUUUUCCGCUCGAUUGAUUUGAGCGUCCACUUUGCAGGCACUCUAAUGCAGAUUAUAUUAUGCACUUUUCUGCGCUUCAUUUGCGAAUAUGUAUGUAUGUAUGUAAAUAUUAAAGAAAAAUCUUAAAGAAAAUACUUAUAAUUAGUUAGGUAGGUGUAAAGCUUAGCGAAAGCCUAUCAAUCAAUAGAUUUCCUUAAUAUUAGCAACUCAUAUAAUAAGAACUUUUGCUUCCCUUAAUGGUUUAAGGUAUUUUUAACUUUUUAUUUCAGACUUUUGUUAUUAACAUUUUUGAAAGUGAGUAGUAUUGCUAAGUAAUUAAACAUUUAACUUUUUCUAAGUACAUACAUAUGCAUUUUCGCAGAAUAUUAAGUCUUUGGUAUUUUUCAAUAUACUUUAAUUUACAAAAAUAUGAGAACACGAUGCAUACUAUCUAAUUAG